AUGCCUCGCCAUCGCCACGGAAUGGCCUUCUCUCUGCCAGAACCAGUCGAGGUUCCGGUCUUGCACGCUGUGCUCGUGGUGUUGCCUCGCCAGUCUGCUUCCUCCAAGAGCCAGAAAGAAUACAUCAUUGCUCAAGGACAGGCUGGCCAUUGGAUGCUUGACGUGCUGCUCGCCCACUUCUUGGACAUUCCGCCUAUGGACGCCAAGACCUGGUACCUCUAUAUUCACCGCUUCAUUGGAAACUAGGUAUAGGUUCUGCUAUGUUGGUGUUUCGAUUGGUUCACUGCUAAUCACCCAUGGACGACCUAAAUACCUCCAUGUCGACGACGCUGAGCCCACCUUGUCGCUUCAGGGAGGUUAUUCCACACGACACAAUCCUUGAAUUUUUACGCCCUCUUUUGUACCAAUCAAUUGGCCGUGCUCUCGUCCAGAGCUGUCCUCGGCAGUCGCCGUGCAUGGCUGUCUCCAAUUGAAGUUGUGUUCUUCUCGGGAAUCGGCACAAAUGGCUCCAAGCCUGCAAUCAAACUUCCGUCCCUGACAGGUUUGGCCAUUUCUGCGUCGCGUGGCAGACCAAUCCUGCCUCACAGACCGAACCUUGCCAUGCCUUGCCGACCCUGCCUGCGAACUGACCCUGGGUUAUGAACUAGGUACCACUUCCUACAUCUGCAGAUCGUGCUUGGAAGGUUGCAAACAAGGCUCGCACCUUCUCAUCAACGCGAACUGCGCUGUGAUUCUGAUCUCUAGUAGGUUACCAGUCCUCCCCACUUCGGAGCGUCAUAAGACUGUCAACCGACCUUUGUUUGUGCAUAGAAACGAAAGGAAGCAGGUUAUGCGUAUGCACUAUGCAGUGGCGUGGAUGACAAGCUCGAGCAUUCCCUCUGCCUUGGUUCUCCAGCUUGCUCUGUCGUAUCCUCACGACGCUUCUCGACAUCAUGGAUAUUCAUCGCAAGAACGCUGUUUGUAGGGUCAGAUUGGAGCGGCCUCUCAGCUACCUGACUCCAGCAGCAUCCAUUGCUGUGAUUGCCUCGCCCAGGGAAUGACCUGCGUCACUAAGCUUCCUCCUUGCUGACACCGAUGGUCCCAUCGCUUGACAAUCCCUGCCCAAGAGCGCUCUCCUUUCUGCGAGAUUGCCAGUCCCCAAGCACCGACCAGAGCCGCAAGAUCCCAAGACCCACCGUCAGCGAGACUGAUUAAGAUCUUUUGUCAAUCUGCAAGCACAGUCCGACCACCACCUUUUGCAAGCUCUUGGCGUUGAUCAUUGUGUGCCCUUCCCGGGACUCUGGUUCACACAUCGCUGCCGAUUACGCGGAGUGAAAGUCAGGUCAAAGCCCAGGCUUAUCUGCCAUUGCCCUUGUCAGCCCAUUGCAAUGGCCACCAGAUCUCGUCGGCAUCGUCACAUCAUGCGAGUUCAGGGCAGGCUUCACUUUGGCCCCUUCGACGACAGUCUCAUACUGGCAAGUCAGACUCGAAGCAUGCGACAUGCUUAGGUCCCCCCUUGAAACAUCGUGGCUGCGGGAAGGCGACAAAAAUCUGCUCUAGCCAUGGCAUCACCAACUGAGUUCCUGUUUUUGCGAGAGUAUGCCUCAAACUCAGAUUAGCAGCCUUGCAGGACAGUCUAUCCAUGGCCACAACGCCAGCAUCCCCGACAAAUCAUGGCCCUCGGCCUCCCAGAAAAUAUUGCGCCUUGGGCUGUGACACCACCGGAGGAGCUACCUUUCCCGAGCCUUCGUCCUCCUGCGAAACCCAUGCUACCCUGGGAUCGGCUGGUUAGGCGUCAUUUACCUAUGCUCCCGCCUAUAUGUGUGCGUUCGGUCUGUCCCUCUGACCUCUGCGAUGACAUGUCCGGUUCCCGGAUCCCGUCCAUGCUGUGACGGGCGUCCUACGUUGAAUCCUCGUUUCGCCGAUGAGCAAGAUUCCUAUCUCAGCGAAUGCCCGUGUUCAAGGGCAAGGUCUCUGCCGGUCAAUUUCACCGACGGGGACCUUGUUGCGACUUUUAUGCCAUCAAACCCUCGAGGCUCAAGGAGCGCACCGAACCCGACAUGAAUGUCAAGUUCUUCCGACCAUCAAACCCUAUCUCCAGACGAACUGUUUCAGGGCCUCGCUGCCACAAUGGCUUCUUGGCUUCGGGUGAUUCGAUUUUCUGGUAUCAGUGUCGCUCUAGCAGCUUUUACAACCUGUACGAUCGUUACUACUCUUCUGCGGAGAUUCUAUUCUUACCCUGCCGCUCUGCCGACCUAACUUUGGAAGCUCUCAUCUCCUGACUGGAGGUCCACGGGUUCAUGCCAACACCGCUGUCGACACCACCCCGGCGUUUGGCGGCCAGUCCCUCUUCCCCGUGCCAGUGUGGGUAUCUCAGUCUCUGGGGCCCCAGCACGCAUAAUUGGUCGUCCCGGACAGUUUUCCCUCUCAAGGCCAUUGCCGUUUGAAGCCCUGUGAGUGCACAUGGGAGAACCCUGGAUGAUCGACGAGGCGCGAGUCUGAACAGCAAGGUCACCGGCGUUUGCGGGCGACAACGACAACAAUAAGAACAAGUGACGGGCAUAGCCCAAAGGGGUCUUGUCAACGUUCGACACCGCCUAUAAUCAAAAGUCAGCAACCGAGACCUAUGUCGAGCCCGAGCGCAUGGCCUGUCCCUCCAAGCUUCAUGUGCAAGUCCGUCGGUUGGUCUCGUGUUGUUCAGCUUGGGUUGUUGACCAAGAUAGAGCGUUAUUUCUCUCUCGUACUCACCCGAAAGAUCUUUCCCGCAGAGUGCCCAGCCCGGCAACAUCACGUUGCCCGGGUUGGUGCCCUCAACGCCGAAUACGUCGAGCCCUCCGGAGUCAUGCGGAUGGACAAAGCAGCCAUCCAAGCAUUAGAACUCCUCCGCAACUCGCGGUGCGUUGGUUAGCAAGCAGUGGUGGAAGAUUUGUUUUUCGACGGUCUAGCUGCAAGUGAUGGAAAAGUCGUCCUUUUUCGACGUGGGAUCCGGAGAGCUGGCGUUGGCUCACGAAGAACGUCCUCCAGCCGAUGACGAACGGGGAGGAGAUCAACCUCCACCACGACGCGGUGGAGAUUCUGUGUGGCGAUGAAGAUGUGUUCCGGAAGCUGAGAGAUUGGUUGAAGGGGUUCGAGAGACCUGUGUAUUGGACUUCUUUGCCAUCAAAGCGCUAGUGGCUGAGACCUCUGGCCAACUGCUGUUGCUUGACGGUAGUCUUGGAACCACCCUCGAAACAAUCCAUGCCGUUAAAUUCUCCGAGUCGACGUCCCUGUGGUCUUCCCACUUUCUUUUGACGGGUUUGCACUUUGCAGAGGUGGUGCGGAACACGACCAUGCCUGCAGGACCGUUGCAUUCUUCUGAUCGGUCGGCUAGUCAUCGGCACAGAGGCCAGGGCUCUUCAAGGCAUACCCGUCAAGGAGAUAGAUGCAGAUUUUGGCCGUGGCUCAUCUGUGGGCGCAUCUGAUUUCCCCUUCUGAAUUCCCCAAGGUCUUAUGGACGAGCAAGUGCGAAGCGUUGAGCGCCCGAACACACCACCUAGGCAACUGUCCAGUCAGCACCGUCGAACAUGGCACCCCCGUACAGGCUGUCAAGAUUGCAGCGUGGUUGCGGGACCCUACAACAGCCAGCAAGUGAAUUUGUUCUGGCCAAAUGUCAGACCUUUGGUCGCAGAAGGGCUUGCCGUCAGCAGAUCGGAACAUGAAGGCUACUCUACUGCUUUCAAGCUUGUGUCGAAAACCAAGUCUGCUGCAAGGAUUUACUCCGGCGCGUGCUGAUAUUACCAUACGCGAAUUACCGCAGUCCACUUCGGAUCGUUCCUGCGGAGCGUUGACAAUUCCGUACGAACAAGCACAACAUGCUCUUAUCGAUGAGAUGCUCAGGCAUCACCGCGAGGCCAACCUCAGGCAGCACCUACUCGACUGAGUCCCUCAGACGUCAACCUUUCAGAACGACGACACGAUUGCGCGCAGCAACCAAUUGCAGCUGAGAGAGGUCCGACUUAAGGUUGAGUCGCGUGUUCGAUUGCGUCCACCUUGAGCUUCUGCUGGCCAGUAAGAUGGGUUUUGGGAGCCUCAUCGGAGUCACCCAAACGUUACCCAUUCAGAACCGUGACGUGCUCGGUGAGACCUUGGCACAGGUCCACUGUUCUUGUCAUUUGCAAACUACGAGUUGACCUUUGUCGCAACGUUCGACGUUCUCAGAGCCCCCAGCUCUUUGGCAUCCCAGCAGGCAUGAGCAUAGGCAAUAAAAACCUGUUUGAGCUUCCAAUGAGAUGGGGAGGUCCAGUCCUACGGCCACCGACCGGACCAGUCAUCUUUGUUGAUCCACCGUCGCCCGUUCCUGAUCAUACAGCUUCGAGGCCACCGGAGAUGCGACCCCGUCUCUUCGGGGCUGUGACACACCGACUGUGGCGGUCAAGACAACCGCCAACGAGGGCAACAGCAAGUCGGAAGAUCAACGCCGUCCGUCUACCUAUGGCAUGUUUCCUUGUGUUUGCUAUCCCACCGCUCACCCAGAUGAUCGCCAGUUCUUCAUCGACGGUGUAUUCUUGCAGAUACAGAAAUCCAAUUCCCUCUUCAAAUGGGAUCCACGAACCCCUACAUGCCGCAGUGUGCCGUAAAAUGCCCCCGGGGACUUUGUCGCCCCAUCGUUGGUUCUGGAGCAGACUCCCUUUUGAGUAUCGCUACUUAACAUCGCUUUCGAGCAUCCUUUCGAGCAUCCUUUCGGGUAUCUUUUCGACCAUCCUUUCAAGCAUCCUCUCAAGCAUCCUUUUUAGCAUUCUGUUCAAGUAUCCUUUCCAGCAUUCUUUUCAAGCAUUUAUUUGACAAUUAUCUCUUUUCGGGCACACAAAAUUCUCAAACCCACCAGGCCUUCGUCCAAGUCAUUUCCUAGGGAGUCGAUAUCAACCACACCUUUCCGCGCUCUACAGGGGCAUUGGAGAAUCACUCCAGCAGCCUCGAUCCGAAUGCUUAUAUUUCAACGGGAAUUGGGGAGCAUGCAGCGGCUCUGCAAGAUUUGUGUUUGUGGUUC